AUGACUAAUUGGAGAAAAGCAAUGGAAGUAUUUAAUAUGCAUGUUGAUGGUGUAGCUAGUGCUCACAAUGAUGCAAGAACACAACUUGAGGCUUUUCAAAAUCAACGACAAAGUGUGUCACAUUUGCUACAAGCACAGGGGCGUGGAAUGGAGGUUGCAUAUCGCACUCGAUUAAUGACAACUUUAGAUGUUACACGCUUUCUUUUGAAACAAGGUUUGCCUUUCCGUGGACAUGAAGAGUCAUUGAGUUCCUCAAAUAAAGGUAACUUUCUUGAAUUGAUUGAGUGGUAUACCCAAAGAAAUGAUGAGGUUGCUAAGACCAUGAAUGAAAAUGCCCCUGGAAACAAUCAAAUGAAGUCUCCAACAGUUCAAAAGGAUUUAACACGGGCUUGUGUUGCUGAAGUCACAAAUGUCAUUCUUAAUGAUAUAAAAGACAAUAUAUUUUCUCUUAUGGUUGAUGAGUGUCGAGAUAUUUUAAUCAAAGAACAAAUGGGAGUUGUUUUAAGAUACGUGAACAAACAUGGAUGUGUUAUUGAAAGAUUUCUUGCUAUUGUACAUGUGUCUGACACUUCUGCUAUUUCUUUGAAGAAAACUAUUGAUGAAUUGUUUGCAAAACAUAAGUUGUCAUUAUCAAGAUUGAGAGGUCAAGGAUACGAUGGAGCUUCAAAUAUGCGAGGUGAGUAUAAUGGAUUGAAGGCUCUUAUAUUGAAGGAAAAUUCAUUUGCAAGGUAUGCCCAUUGUUUUGCUCACCAACUUCAACUAGUUGUUGUUGCAGUUGCUAAAAGCAAUCGAAUUGUGAGUGAUUUCUUCCAAUAUGUUACUAUGAUUGUGAAUAUUACUGUGUUUGAAAAUGUGUAUGAUGAUGAUACUAAUGAUGAUAAUAGUGGUAUUGCCACCAGUUUGAUUGAUAAGAUGGAGAGUUAUGAAUUUAUGUUUGUGAUGCAUUUGAUGAAAUCGUUAUUGGGAAUCACAAAUGAAUUGUCACAUGCCUUACAACAAAAGGAUCAAAACAUUGUACUGGCUGUCAGUUUGAUCAAGACAAUGAAAGAUCGAUUACAAAAAUUGAGAGAGGAAGGAUGGGAGAAUUUUUUGGAUGUCGUCAACAAAUUGUGUAGUAACCAUAUGAUCCCAGUACCGAAUAUGGAAGAAAAUAUGAGAACUCGUGGUCGCAGCAGACGUAAUGGACAAAUGAUUACUAAUUUUCAUCACUAUCGUGUUGAAAUUUUUUGUCAGGUUCUUGAUACGAUGGUUCAAGAGAUGAAUAAUCGGUUUUUAGAAUCAAGUACGGAGGUACUUACUUGCAUUGCUUGCUUAGAUCCAAAGGACUCUUUUUCUCAAUUUGAUAUUAGUAAGCUACUUCACCUUGCUGAACUUUUUCCGAAGGACUUUUCAUUGACUGAUCGUGUAAUACUUGAGGACCAACUUGAGACUUACAUUCAAAAUGUACGAGUUGCAACUGCUUCUGUUGAAAGAGUUUUUUCUGCGAUGAAAAUUAUCAAGACUGAUUUGCGUAAUAGGAUGGGAGAUGAGUGGAUGAAUGACAGUUUGGUAGUAUACAUCGAGAAGGAUAUUUUUGCUAUAAUUGAAAAUGAGCAAAUUUUACAACAUUUUCAACAGAUGAACACUCAUAGGAUCCAGUUGUCUCCUUUUGUUGUGCUUAAAUGGCAUCAUCAAGUAAUAGCAGCAUCAACCAUACCAAAUAUGAAACUGUGCGAUGCAGGGACUGGGAGGGCAAAAACGGCAUCAUCACCACAUUCUGCAUCUCUGCUCAACUAUAUCAGAAGUCCGUCAAUGGCUUCUGUUACACCAUUGGCUAGUGCAUAA